AUGUCCAGUUCGAGUUUAAUACAAGAAAUGACUACUACUUUGAGGACAUCAAAAGGUCAAUUAGAUGUUGUCAAUCAACAACUUUCUCAUUUGGAAAGACAAGAAAAGAUAGCUCAAGUGACCACUAAAGAAUUAGAUUCAUAUCCAAAUGAUGAUGUAUGGAGAUCAUGUGGGAAAGCUUUUGUUUUACAGAAGAAGAAUGAAUAUAUAAAGGAUUUAAAUCAUGAUGAAAAUUUAUUGAAAGAUCAAAAGAAAGCUUUGGAAAUAAAACAAAACUAUUUGAAGACAACUGUAGAAAAGACUGUAGAUGGGUUGAAAGCCGUUUUAAAUCAACAACAACAACAACAAAAGAAAUAG